ACAGCGCGAGGAAUUACGACAAAGUUCCAUUACUUUUCCGACAUGCUGUAUAACAAGGUGCUACCUUGACUAACUAGCGCAAAAUAAGAGAUAAGAUAAAUUAAUCGAAUAAUAUGAAUAAUAAAUACAGCUUGACAUGCGAUCGCAGACAUUAUUUUCCCACUUAAACGGUAGUUUGGUUUACAAAAUCGGAGCAGAUACAAACUUACCGCGAUAUGAAGUAUAAUUACAAACCAAAUUUGGAAGAAUUGCAUUCCAGUUUGAAGUAUAGAUCAAGGGAAUAUAUUUUGGAGAACACGUUGCAUGGAGUCCCAUAUUUCGCGGACCAAACUCGACCUAAAUGGGAAAGGGUGAUGUGGUUUAUUUUAACGAUGGCGUCCGUCUUGGCUGUUGUCGCCAUAAUCGUGAUAGUUUUGGAGAAAUUUGAAACUGAACCAACCAUAACGGGUUUAGAUACGGUGACGGAUCAUAUUAGUAUAGAAUUCCCUAAAGUUUACAUUUGCUUCAAUUGGAAUCAUCUGAAUCAUUUAAACUUACCACAAAAUGAAAUAGAAUUGUACGAACAAGUAUACAAUUGGACUUGGGGUACCACCAUUAAUUUUGACGUACUAGAAUCUCUUUAUAGCAAGAAAAACAACUUCCGUAGUAAUUUUGAAAAUAUGAGUCCCACCUGCACCAGUUUGAUUAGCAACUGUGAAUAUAAAAAUGAGAAAAUACCAUGUAACGAAUUAUUUACGAAAGGCCUUGUUGCUGUGGGUGAAUGCUGUAUACUCAAGACUGUGGAGCCCCUUAAACAUACGGAUAUUUCAUGGAGUCUCGAAUUUGAAACUUUAAACUUUAACUCUCCUUGGAGAUUAUAUUUUACUACAAACGACGCUCCAAGCCCGCAACCAGAUGAAAGACAGAUAAUAGAAGCUUAUUAUCCGUCACACAUCGAAUUUGUCACCGACAUAACGUACACGACAUCCGACAUUAGUUAUUUAACUCUUCAUCAACGGAAGUGUCUUUACAGAGCCGAAGAUACGAAUGUAAAUGAAUGCCAGAUCAAUUGUUUAACUGAUCUACUGUUAGAACGCUGUCAUUGUUUACCAUGGUUCUUAUCGGAUGUCGAUAAGAAAGAAUGUUCUUUACCGAUGUAUUCGUGUUUGAAUAAUCAUUAUCUCGACACGAGAAAUUGCUAUUGUUGGCUUCGCUGUAAUCACACGUCGUAUACAGUACGAACUAUAGCAAAAUCGACUAAUAACAAGACCAAAAUUAUGUUAAGAAAUUGGCCAGCAGCACUUUACAAGAGGGAAAUGCGAUUUGGUUAUUUAGAUUUACUUGUAUCGUUUGGAGGUAUUGCGAGUCUCUUCUUAGGAUAUUCGUUGCUGACUUCCGUUGAAAUGGGGUAUUAUUUUAGUCUCAGGACGUAUUGCGGAGCUGUACUUAUGUCAUCUCGUGAAAAAUGUAGCAUAAUAACUGUUUAUGUAAUGGAGAAAGUUCGUCCGAAAAAAGAUGAUGAUCUGAAAUACUAUCCAUAUAUCGAUUAG